AUGUCCGACGAUAGCCGUGGCUUCUUUUUUGUGUUCCAGCCGCGGGUUGGCGAGCCGGUCAAGGAGAUUACCAUCUGGUUCAAUGGCGGUCCGGGCUGCAGCUCCCUCGAAGGCUUCUUCCAAGAAAACGGCCGGAUCCAAUGGUCCUGGGGCCAAUAUUCACCCCAAAUCAAUCCCUACUCGUGGGUCAAUCUGACCAAUAUGCUCUGGGUGGAAUACCCGGUCGGCGUGGGAUUCUCCCCUGGCAAUGCGACCGCCAUCGACGAAGAAGAGCCCGCUGCCGAAUUUGUCCAGUUCUUCAAGAACUUCCAAAACAUCUUCAACAUCAGCAACCACAACAUCUACGUUACGGGAGAGAGUUAUGCGGGCCGAUACGUCCCCUACGUGGCCAACGCCAUGCUCGAUCAGAACGACACCAAGCAUUUCAAUGUUUCAGGUGCUUUGGUCUACGAUCCGUGCAUCGGGUCGUUUGAAUACGCCAACGCCAUCUCAGUGUACCCGUUCAUCGAGCAGUACAACAACAUCCUGGGCUUCAACAAAUCGUUUGUGUCGCUGCUGGCGCAGCGCGACAAGCAGUGCGGGUAUGCGCAAUUCCGGCAGGACUACAUGCACUUCCCGCCCAACGGCACGCAGCCACCACUGUACCUGAACACCACGGCCGACCCGGACUGCGACCUGUGGGACGCGGUGUACGACAACGCGUACGGGGUGAACCCGUGCUUCAACGUCUACGAGCCCAACCUCCAGUGUCCACUACUGUCGGAUCCUCUGGGGUUCCCCAGCGACCUGAUCUACUCGUAUCCCGGCUUGCCGCCGUACUUCAACCGCACCGACGUCAAGAAGGCCAUGCACGCCCCGCUGACCACCGACUGGGAACUGUGUACGGGGCCGGUGUUCGUCGCCGACGGCGGUCCCGAGGGGUAUGGCGACCUGAGCCCGGAUCCGCUGCAGGGCGUAUUACCUCGGGUCAUUGAAGCCACGAAUCGAGUCUUGAUCUCCAACGGCGCCCUCGACCUCGAAGUCCUCACCAACGGCACCAUGCUCGCCAUCCAGAACAUGACGUGGCACGGCAAGCUGGGCUUCCAGACCGCGCCGGCCACGCCCAUCGUCAUCAAGAUCCCCGACAUCCAGUACGCCGACGUCUUUGUGUCGAGCGGCUUCGACGGCCUCGACGCUUACCAGGGCGUCAUGGGCGUGCAGCAUUACGAGCGCGGCCUCAUGUGGGCCGAAACCUAUCUGAGCGGUCAUAUGCAGCCGCAGUUCCAGCCGCGCAGCAGUUUCCGCCAUCUACAGUGGCUUUUGGGCCGGAUUGAUGCUUUGUAG